AUGGCUGACGCAGGUAGAAAAGAUUUCUCAUCCAAGCUCUCUGAAGCUGUAACCCCAGACUCCCAAAAGUCCACCUACGACAAGGCCAAGGAAACCGCCACCGACUACCUGGACAAGGCGGCCGCCAAGGUGACCCCAGACGACCAGAAGACCUUUGGCCAGUCCGUCUCGGACCACGUCCAACAGGGCCACGACGACGCCAAGUCCAAGCUCGACGCCGACUCCAAGACGUGGGGCGACAGCGCCAACGAGUUGUUGGAAAGCGGCAAGAAGACAGUCAACGAGGCAGCCGAGUACGUCUCCGGCGCAGUCACAGGCGCCAAGGAGGGUGCCGACAAGGGUGUCUCCGAGGUCAAGAAAUGA